CAUGUAUGAGACACUCUACGCAGAUAAAGAUGUAGCAAAAGCCUAUCAUACUUUCAGACCGACUUAUCCAGAAUCUUUGGCUAAAGAAAUUCUUCAAUUUAUCGAUGAAAAGCUUGAGAAACCAUUUUCAAGGAAACUGGCAAUAGAUGUUGGCUGUGGAUCCGGUCAAAGUACAAAAUUAAUGGCCAAUCACUUUGACCGUAUUAUUGGAUUGGACAUAAGCGAAGCUCAAAUCUUUGAGGCUAAAAGAAAUAAUGAACACGAUAAUGUAGAAUUUACUGUUGGAAGUUUUGAAAAGUUACCUGCAGAAGAUAAUUCGGUUUCGUUAAUCUUUGCUGGAACGGCUUUUCACUUCUUUGAGCCUUUCGAAAACUUUUAUAAAGAAGUUAAAAGAGUUCUAGUUCCUGGAGGAUGUCUUGCUGUAUUUAGCUACGCAUUACCAUUCGUCGCAGAAUUCGAUGACCAUGUUAAUUCAAAAUUGAAUGAUUUUAGAUUAACGUUUUUUAACGAAUUGGAUGAUUUUAAAACUCCGGCAACUCAUCACGUAGCCAAUCAUUACAAAGAUUUUGAACUACCUUUUAACAAUUUUACAAGAAUUAACUCAAUGAAAACUAACAAAUCAAUGAAUCUAGAUGAUUAUGCAGGAUAUUUAGGUUCAUGGUCAUUUUAUAGAAAUUACGUAGCCAACAGGAAAACAGAUCCAUUAAAAUUAUUCCGUUCAAGAUUUGAAGAAACACUUCAAGAAGAGAACAUACCGACUAACGUUACUUUCACGGUUGAGUGGCCUGUUUUUUUACUUUGUGGUAGAAAUUGA